UUGGCAACACUGGGCUCAAGUUCCAAGCACGUACGAGUGGGUUAUCAGGGAUAGCGUGUGCGUCACAAGUCAAUUUUGUGCCCAAAAGUGGACAUACAAACCCCCAGAUAUGGGCCUGUUUGGCAAGACACCGGAACGUUCGCCCAAAGAACAAGUACGGGAGUGGACUUCGAAGCUGCGGAAAGAGGGAUAUCAGUUAGAUCGACAAAUACGAGCGAUCCAGCGACAAGAGGAAAGUGUCAAGAAAUCUUUGAAAGAAGCAGCGAAAAAGAACAACAAAGAUGUCUGUUUGGUCCUGGCCAAAGAGAUCGUGCGUGCCCGAAAAGCUGUCAAUCGUAUUCAUGCGUCGAAAGCCCAACUUAACUCCGUCAUGAUGAGCAUGAACCAUCAGCUCGCAACUCUACGCCUAGCUGGCUCACUCCAGAAGAGCACGGAAGUGAUGAAAAGCAUGCAGCAGCUUAUUAAGGUUCCCGAGGUGGCAAAGACAAUGCAAGACCUUUCAAAAGAAAUGAUGAGGGCAGGUAUAAUUGAUGAGAUGUUGGAAGACACAAUGGAAGGUCUGGAUGAUCAAGAGGAACUGGAGGAGGAAGCCCAGGAGGAAGUCGACAAGGUGCUCUGGGAAUUGACAGCUGGUCAAUUGGGUGAGGCCCCCACGGCUGUCACAGAGUCCCUGCCAUCCGUCGACAUCGACAAAGCCGGACCUUCCGCAGCCCUGGCAGAUGACGACGAGGACGUCACCAAAAUGCAGGAACGACUGCAGGCAUUGCGCAGCUAAAUUAUUACCACCCACGUUGUAAUAUAAGUAUACAUAGAAGACGAUGCAAGCGCUUAUUUUGAGGCACGUUCUACGAACCGGAAAAAGUUCCCUUUGUAGUGGUUGGCUGACGAUAUCGCGGCAUUUUGUUGUGAACCAGACGUCGGCGUCGUUAUUAAAAGUGCACGACAAAUCUCCGUUUGGGGGAUCACAUCUACGGUGUGAAUCAACGCCGGAGUUUUGUUGCGGGCUGGAUAAUUCGAGCCCGAUUAUUUUUAUUAAAACUGCACGAUAAACCGCCACCUUGGGAUUGGACGUACAGCACGAAUUAACGUUCCGAACCAGAUAACUCCAGCGUCAAUUUGUGCACACAGUCUGGAGCGAGUGUUGUCUUAAAUUCUGAGAACAUUGCACCCUCCUCUAAUAUGUGAAGUGCUCCUUAAUGGAGCCAAAGUAAAAAAAAGACAAAAAGAAGACAAGGAUAUGUUGGUUCGUUGACUCAAAUGGGUCAUGCUAUAGAACGGACAAGUUCAUAAAAUCCCAGUGGUCUUUGUGCACGCAUUGCAUCCUGGGCGUUUGCUGAGCGGAGGAACGAAGAAUAAUCCUUCACAUUUCGCUUGCGCCGACCUUGACACGUCGUGGACAAUGGACCGGUGGGGGAGAAAUCGGAACAGUUUGGAGGCCACCCGUUUCUUUCGUAUUAGUAAACUCCCACAGUUCAAAGCGGCACUAAGCACGCUGGGAUUUUCUGAACUGGUCUAUCGACACCCCCCCAGCUUGGGCUCCCAAAUUGUUGAAACUGUUUUUCCAGCAAUUCAAUGCACCUUGGCAGCAUAGAGCAGGCACCCUCCCUCCCUCUAGGGAAUUUGGGGGUUAAUUAAGGUGCAUGAGUUACGUGAGUACACACAAUUUCAUUGCGAGGCACGUUGUACGUCUCUCACUGUACAUAACUUUAAUAUGAUUGUCAUUGCAACUUUCAAGGGUGCCAUUUCAUCCAUGCAUUAUAACCGAAGUCUCAACUGUUGACGCAAUUGAAGGUUUUUAGUAGAGUAUUUCUUUGCUCCGGCUUCAACGGGAAAGUUUACAGCCUCACCUAACUGAUAGGCAGCAGGGAGUGCUUCUUGUACAGACAUUUUGCGCGCGUCUCUGCGUGAAAUAAAUACCGUUACUUUGCUCGAUUA